AUGACCGAAAGAUUGUCAAAACCAAAGUCUGAAUACAGUAAGCAGACUGAUGAGCUUUGCCAUUUGUUUUCAUCAACACUUCAAUCAUUGUCGGCUGAUGCUACUGCCAUUCGACAGCUCUCAAGUCUUUCGAAUUUGAUCAGUGAAGAUGAGGAGAACCACCAACCGAAUAGGAGAAAUAGGGGUUGCAGCGGAAAAAGAUUGGGGAAUAAUACUGCUAUCGAGAAGGAUAAUACUACCAGUUCUGAUGGAAAGGACGAUACUUCCCACCUUGCUCAACUUCAGAGCUUGGAUCGUGCGGUCACAUCCAUUGAACAAAAGGUGACGGCACUUCGUUCCAUUGUGUCGGAAGAAAAAAGAGCCAUUGCACAUUUCGAAGGAUCUUUGAGGGAAGAGUGCAAAGCUCAGCAACUAGCAGUUGAAAAUAUUUUGCAGGCCUAUCAAGAAGUUCAAACAAAUGAGCAAGUUAUUGUCCCCCCAAAAAGAAAGCCCGAAAGCAUGACAAUUCCUGAGGAAACUGGUCCUCGAUCGAUUCCUGUCUCCAGUUGCAUCAGUGCAACACAUUCUGAAACGUGUAAUACGAGCCCAAUACAGCGGAGACGAGCUGAAAAAACGAGAAGGGAUUCUGUUGAUCCUCGGGUUGACCGUAAUGUUCAACCUGCAAAGAACAAUCCGGAUGAGGAUGACAAUCAAGUUUCCUUCGCUCUUGUCACCGACAAGGAAUUGUCGCGCAUAUCUCGAAAUAGUCGGAGGCGUAUCAAUCUUCUGGAUCUGAACGAAGCACUGGAGGAAAUCGAAUACGUAGCAGAGAACAAGUUCGAUUCAAUUCCGAGCCAAAAAUCCUUUUCAAGUGCUUCACAACAGCGCCGAUUUGAAUACUUGAGACAACAACGAGGAUCUAGCUAUCAAGACAUUGAAGUGGAGGCACACCAGGGACAUUUUUGGGUGUCCGAGCAAGAGCUUCGUGAGACUUGCGUGUUCUUUCGGAAUGGGGAGAGUACGGCGAGAGCAAUAUUGUCGAUCCUCUGUAGCCUUCGACGACUCAAGCAGAUUCCAGGGAAGAAACGCCAAGUCACAUAUCUAUGCUUGGUUCGUGACAACAAUGAAAGAAGUGGCGACCACGUCUAG